UGUUUGAAAAUGGCGGUGUUCGAAAUUUUUGCGCAGCCGGAGCUAAGAAGAUACAAAACACAUGCCUGUUCUAAGGCUGUGGUGUUUCAAAUUUUUGUUAUACUGUUGACUUACAUUCCCCCUUUACUGGUCGCAUAUCGUAGCAGAGGGUUCUGGAGAAAAACUGACAACUACCGGGAACAGAUUCAAGGCCGGUUUGAGCACCAAAUGCUUCUGGUGCUGGACACCGGUGUGAAUGGGGAAUAUGUGACAUGGAGUACUUAUCAGAACUACAACCAGAUGCAGCAAGCUCAUCUCAGGGUUCCACUCAUCAAGUCCAGGGAAGUUGAUGUGAAUGGUGAUGGUAACCGAGACUUGUUGGAAAUGAAUGUGGAGGUCCCUCUAAAGGACACUGAGAAGGUCUAUGGAGUGAAACUGAUGCUCUUCUUCUUUGUACAUCUCAGUACUUACUCACAAAUCGAUAUCAAGUCAAUGGGUUUGAUAAACUAUGAUGCGUCACGACCAGGGGCCGAGUUGCGCUAUAUAGGAGACCUCAAGUUCAAGCAGAAAGAGCCAGUUAUGGUCAGGGGGACGGACAGAAGAUACGACGGUGCAAUUCUGUCGAAUAGUAUCCAUGCUGAAGCCUAUGACUUCUACCGGAUUAUUAGAGAUUAUCAGAAGAGGAAUUUGACUGCCAACUUAGAGAAUGCCUACCCACUCUGGGUGACUGGUCGUGCAGCUGGACAACCUUUCGUGAUCAACGCUACUAUCAACUAUGUCGACUCAAUAGUGGAAUACCACCCAGGACUCUGGCAACUCUUGAAAUGGGCGUGGAUCCAAUACCUGGCUAUUAUGAUCAUCUUCUGGUGGGUGUUCCGCCGAAUCAAACUCGUCGUCUUCGAGAAUAAACUUGUGAACACCGUCGUGGAGAGGCCAUGGAAUGACAAGAAACAUCCGUUCUAGGAAUCUUGGACUAGCACUGUUAUCGGUAUCAAAUAUUUAUCCUUUUCUGAAAGGACGAGGCUUUCAUCUUGUAAGGAUGAAUUUCACACGCAUGUAAACUGUCAUGGCAACUGAUUUUGUUAACAAGUUGAAUUAAAUCUGCAACCCACCCAAAGAAUUUGAUAAUUUGCCGACGGUCAGAAAAAUUUAAUUCUAAGUUUUUUGCUAUUAUUUAUUAAAUAUGCACACAAACAUCUUUAAAAAAACUGAGAACCGACAAACGUCAUUGACAUUUCAUCCUGACAUCAUUCCGCAAAUUUCAAGGUGAUACAUGUAUCUCGCAAUGGCAAUGCAGAGUUCUCCACAGGGUUUUCUCAAGGUAGGGUGUUACCCUCGAUUUUCAUGAAGGUUUACCAGUGUGCUACACAAGGUAGGGUGGCCAGCAAUUAAGGGUAGAGUGGCACUAUAGAAACCCUUUACCUAUUCUAGAGCAACGGUAGGGUGGCUCUUCCAACAUAGGGUGGUAAGCUGCCAAGGUAGGGUGGGCCACCCUGACAAAUGGCCUCGUGGAGAACACUGCAAUGGAAUGCCAUCCAUCCUCUUGCAAACAGAGCCAACAACACGACUUCUCCUUCCGCAUGAGUGAAAUGGCCUGAUACUGCCUGGAACACUAUCUUACAUCAGGAUGAAUGCCAUCAGGAUGAUCUCACAAUGAUGCCGGCCCGACAGUUGAAUAUUUUGCUUGUGCAGGCAAAACAUGUAAAAGCCUGAAGAUGUAUUUCAUUGUAAAUAGAUGUAUGUUGAUGAACUUAGUGAGGUACGAAUGCUGUACCUAAAUGAGAUUUACUUAGCGAGUUAGAUUAAUUUACUGAUUGGUGCUUGGCACGUAGUUGAGAUCCAUAGGAAAUAUAUGUUAUGGCUAGGAAGUUUUUAUAAAAUAAAAUGUACUCUUUGUUAAGGCUUUAUGGCACAAGUGAGCUGUAGGGAAAUUCCAACGUGUGCUUAGCUGACAAGGGAUUUGACCUUCGCCGAAUUCGUCUAGACAACUGCCUGUAGUUCAGUCAAGAGUAACCUGGGCAAAGUCUCCGUAACCCACACACCAAAUGUUUACAGGUGGCUUUAUUGGGACAAAAACAAUAAUGCUACAUAUACAUGUACAUGUAUCUCUUUUCUGGGGUGGAGGAAUGGUUUAUUCGAAUUCUCGGCCAGUCCUUUGUAUUUAAACAGUGGUGUCUUUAGCUCUGUCCUUUAUCCUCAGAACAUUUUAGACCUAGGCAUAGCUUUUGUAAUAUUGUUGUAAUUGUUGUGCAGUUGUCCAAGGUUGUUUAAGGGUCAUGCUGGUCAUUACCUGUUCUGUCAAUAUGAAGUCUUCAGUGCAGUGAUUCAAACUAUUAUACAGAUAUGGGGCUGCCAGAAAUUGACUACAGAGUGCCGAAAUCCUGGGCUGGUGAAAUUGAGGGACGCUUUCACGCCUUAAUGUCCACAAAGCACUCCACCUAGUUUCAGUUUCCAGCGGUUGCAACCAUUUAUUAUUUUUGAAUCACCACUCUAGUUUUGAUUGUUCUAGACUUCAGAAUUAGAUCAACUGCAACCCUGCAGUCUCAUUACUCACCCACCGUCCCCUGAAUGUCAUAUCCAUCCAGUUUUAUGCACUGUGGCUUAGUAUACAGUAGUGAUUUCAUGAAACCUUUUCUUAAUGCAACUUCAUUGUCAUCAUAUCAAUAGCAUUCCGCGAAGUUACUAUUUAUAGCUCACAAGGUCAUUUGCAUAAGAUAUUGAUGACGUUUUAGUCACGUGACAGUCGGACGUCGACACUUAUUUCUGCGCAUUUCGCUUAUUUCAAAGUCAAUUAUCUUUGACCCCUGCAUUGUUUUUUAGCAUGAAUGAUACCAUAGAGUCGGAGAGAGAAAUAUUCAGAACAAUUAUGUAGUAUUUCCAACACUCGGACAUGUGCCAGUUGAAUCCAACUGCCCUAGUUAGAAAGCCUGAAUCCACUACGAAAUGGCAUGUUUGUCCGACAUUGCCUGUAAUUCAGCGAUGGGGAAAUAGAGGGCAGCAGCUGCAGUGACGUCAUCUUCGCGGAAUGCUAUUCACAAGUACUGGGUGUAAAAAGAUAGUUUCAAAGUUGAUUUUUUUUCUUUGAAAACUAGUUGGUUAAUCAACUUUAAAACUACCAAGACUAUUUUGAAACACCCCAUACUUGUUUAUACUGCAAGCAAGCAGUAAGAUAAGAAGAAGAAAACGGUUUCUAGUAGAUUUGGUAAUCAUGUAUUGUAUUUGUAUUGUAGAUAAAUAGGAA